GACAUCACAUGGAUGCAAUAUAACGCUCCCAUUGCUUGCGCAUUUAAGGGAGGACUGACCAUCUCCAAACAACCAACAAAGAGCACUCUGUCGGUCCAGGGAGAGCGAUUGACUCGGCUGCAACUUCUAACUGACCAGCAUGGGACAAAACCAGGAGAAACUGGAGGGGGGAGAACAGGCCUUCGGGGAAGGAUCGGCGGAGACGAGGCCGUGCCCUGACCCUGUAGGUGCAGACGGUAAUGCAGGUGAUGUCAUGGAGGGAGAAGGCUCCUGUGAGGAGGAGGCUGGAAAAUCCGGGAAAAAUUUAAGGGAACCAGACACACAGGAUCUAGACGGGCGCCCCGGACAGGAGCCAACGACACCUUCCAGUGAGAAGCAAAUAAAUGUGUGGGUGAGUCCUAUUGCCACACAGGAGGUAAGGCAGGGAGUGGCUGCAGGAAAGGAGGGAAGAGGAGGAGGAGGAGGAGGAGGAGACAGAGGCAGGACUGCUCCAGUGGUUCACCAGGAGACAGACAAGAACCAAAAGAGUAGUGCAGGGAUUGAGGAAAGAACCACAGCAUACAGGCUGUUCAACCACUUUAGUAGCGAGGAGAGGAAGAUACGGCAGGAGCUUCGGACAUCCUCACAGAUCAAGAUGGAGCAUCAAGACGAAGGAACCGGCCCUCUUAAGGAGAGACAAGAGGAAAACUUCUCAGCUGAAAAGUAUGGCCUUGCUGUUACCUCAGAGGAUACAAGCUCUUCUGACAACACGGAAGAGGGCUCUGCGGUGCUGAAGGUGAGCAGAUGUGGCGCUCAUCCAGGAAGUGAACCGCUGUCUGCUCAAGAUCAGAACGGGAGCACGAUGGCUGAAGCUGAGGAGCUCUGUGCAGGAACAGUAGGCGGCUUCAGGCAGAGGAAGGAACCGCCUCCCGCUCAAGCCCAACAUCCUUUGAAAAACAAUCUGCAGAAAGAGUCUCUAUUAGACAUGAGUGAUACCAUUCAUUGUAGACAUCCAAAAGUGGAAACAGAGACUGAUGCAAAAGAGGAAACACUAACAUGCGAGGUGAAGCAGGUUUUGAAUGACCACUCUUCAAGAAAACCAAAGGUCACUGACACUGUUGAUCAAAAGGAGUCAGUGAGGCCUUAUCUACAAACUGAUACAACCGAAACAAACACAUGUGAUCCAGAUUCAGCAUCAAUUCCAGUCUCGUCCAGUUCUAUUUUGCAGAGACUACUGAAGAGAAACAGAGAGGAGGCGACCCCGGUGGUUUCUAAAAUAAAAGAGGAUGACAAGGACACCUCAGAUGGUCCCGUGGAGAUGAAUGCAAAAAGGAUCCUCGACGGAACAGGAACAGAGAUAUCCAGUGAUAGGAUUGAACAGUCAGGAUGCGUUUCACGCUCUUCUGCUGAUUCAAAAAGGAAACCGCCUAAACCAAGCCUUGCAUCAAAGGAUCACCACAUUAAAGACUCGAGUGAGAGCACGCCGCCACAAUCAGACUUUUGCGAGAGUUCAGAGAAGAGUGUCUACCCAAAAAAGGCUUCUUCAAACGUGGGACCCUCUGAAAACCUGUCACCGGACGACCUACAAUCAGCUGAUUCACAUGAAAGAACAUCAUGUGAAGAGAAUGUGAUCCCUGAAGAAUCUGCACCUUCCUCUGUGUCGGCUGUAAAAUCUUCACCCACGAAAAGUGAUGAGCAAAAGGCAGAGUCACGCCAUUUACCUGCUGCUGAGAAGUCAGGCAAUGGUACUGUGACAGCUGUGGUUGGUCGCUCAGAGGUCCAAACCAGCAUCAAGCAGGAUCUGCAUAUGACACUUAACACACCAGACCAACCUGACAACAGUGCCGUUGCCGACGAAGGUGACGGCAUCUCAAGACGAGAAAAAUCCUCCAACACUCCCAUAUCUAGGCCUGUCUCUGAACUCAUAAAGGAAACAAUUCAAAUGCACGAAAAGCUGCAGCACCAUGACCGGCCGAAGCCAGCUGAAGUCAAGUGUGAUGAGCAGGCUCAGUCAGUGAAGGUGGCACAGAUGAAGGCCGCUUUUGACUCGCCUCAGAAAUCCCUGGUGAAGGCGAUCGAGAGGAAGCCAUCAAUGAGAAAAGGUCAGGUUGACAGAGCCACCGUAAACGAUUACGUCAUUCCUGAUAUGCAGGACUGA